UUUUUUCAGCUGGGUUUUGAUGCAAUGACACCGAAGAAGAAUCAAAUAUGCAGCCCAAUGAAAGAUUCUCCGAAGACGGACAGUGGAAGUGUAGAGAUCAUUUCAUAUGGACAGUAUUUUAGUCCAUUCAAAUCUGAAAUGCAUAGGGAGGUUAUUGAACAGUUUCAGAACAUAGAAAAGCAAGCUAAAAGAAAGCAUGCGCUCCUAACUUGGAAAUGGGAUGAGGUCAUUGAUAUUACCCAAAGUGAAGAUUCGAAUGGUCAGAAAGAUGAUUCUAAGGCAAAACAACAAGAUGAUUUGGAGUCUGAGUUAAGUGAUACAGCAGACUCUUUGGAUAGUCCAUUGAAAAGAUCAAAGAUUCCACGUAUAUCUAAAAAUUGCAACGAUCAUGUUGGAUGGGUUGAAUUUUAAGUUUACUCAGUUUAAGUCCUGUUUGUCAUAGUCAUCUUUUAUGUUUUGCCUUUCAAGUCAGUGUUUGUUAAGGUUUGUUUGUUCAUCUAUUUUUAGUUUAAUUGUA